UCCACGGCACGGGAAGUGUCAGAUCGAAUCGUAUCGCAGAGCGAAACUGUUCUGUUGGCAAUUUUGAUUAUAUCUGUUAUAGAGUGGAACCAAAUCAUGUCCUUCUAGAUAGUUUGUCCAGCAUGCGAUUUCGUAGCUACAGUGACAAAUAUGAAUCGCCUUACAGAUAGCACUGCUUCAGCCAGCCUCAGCAACAUGGCCAACACCAGGCUCCUCCUCACCAAGAUGAUGCUGAAUGAUGGGGGAGAGGAAGAGUUGGUUCUUCGGUCAUAUGAAAAGGAUGGGCUGAAGAUGGUGAUCUUCUACCUGAUGGUGGUGCUGUCCCUAGGCCUGGUGCUCCUCCUCAUCUACUGGAAGCCGGAGCUGGAGUGCUACCUCAAGAAGAGGCGAUGUGCCCUAUAUAAGGCGGAGGUCGUCAUGAUAAAGGACCAUUAUGGCCAUGCUAGCGUUGUCAAGGUGGACUAUAUCUUUCUUGAUGAUGUCAGCACUGCCGAGGGUUACAACCGCCAUGUAUACCAUGAUGCACCAGUAGAUGUGGAUGACACGACCGUCCUUGUCACGGGAGACAGCCCAACCGUCAGGUACUUCGACUUCCAGCAGAUCCGCUACAUCUGGGAUGCACAACAAUACACAUUCAGGAAGUUGGAAGAUUUAUCAAGUGGAACUCGCUGUGCCACCAUCCAUGACGAGUUUCCAGGACUCUCUGCUUCAACACAGGCUCACAAGCGUCUCCUCCAUGGGCUUAACUCUAUUGUGAUAGAAGUGAAGAGCUACUGGCGACUGUUUAUAGAAGAGGUUCUCAAUCCCUUCUACAUCUUCCAAGUGUGCAGCAUCAUCCUGUGGGCCUUCGACGAAUACUACUACUACGCCAGCUGCAUCUUCCUCAUCUCACUCAUCUCAAUCUCAGUCUCCCUGUAUGAGACAAAACGGCAAAGUCGGACGCUCAGUGACAUGGUGGGGUCUCUGGAAACAAACAUCUCUGUGUGUCGCGGUGGUCAGGAGUUCGAGGAAAUUCCCAACCAGAACUUGGUCCCUGGUGAUUUGAUCGCCAUCCCCCCUCACGGAUGUGUGAUGAUGUGCGAUGCGGUCCUUGUUGCCGGAACAUGCAUUGUCAAUGAGAGCAUGCUCACAGGUGAGAGUGUGCCGGUGACGAAGACUCCGCUGUCCCACCAGGAGGACGAAGAGGUGUACACACCAGAAAAUCACAAGAGACACACGCUGUUUGCUGGAACUCAUGUUGUCCAGACCAGAUACUAUGGCCAGGCCAAGGUGCUCGCUGUGGUCGUCAGAACAGGCUUCAACACGGCUAAAGGUGAACUCGUUCGCGCAAUCUUAUAUCCAAAACCUCUUGGCUUCAAGUUCUAUCAAGAUGCAAUGAGAUUCAUCUUGUUCCUGGCAGGAGUUGCCUCCCUUGGCAUGAUCUAUUCCAUCAUCAUAGAAACACAAAUGGGGGCGUAUCCGGGCAAGAUUGUCCUCCGGGUCCUGGACAUCAUCACGAUAGUUGUCCCCCCUGCUCUCCCCGCCGCCAUGACAGUUGGUACGGUCUACGCACAGAAUCGACUUAAGAAAGCUGGUAUAUUCUGUAUCAGUCCACCCAGGAUCAACUUCUGUGGCAGGAUCAACACCUUCUGCUUUGACAAGACUGGAACCUUGACAGAAGAUGGGCUGGACAUGUGGGGAGUUGUGCCGGCCCAGAACCAGUGUUUUCAAGAGCCAAUACGGAAGCUUCCAGAACUGCCUCGUUCACAGAUUCUGGUGUGCAUGGCAACCUGUCACUCACUCACACUGAUUGAUGGGGAGCUCAUGGGGGACCCUCUGGAUCUCAUCAUGUUUAAUUCUCUCAACUGGUCUCUGGAGGAGCCGGGACAGGACACCACGAAGUACGACACUCUGAUGCCCACAAUCGUCAAGCCCUCCGACAAGGACAGCUUCAUGUCAGAUGAGGUGCCGUUCGAGGUGGGAAUUGUGCGCCAGUUCACCUUCUCGUCCAGCAUGCAGCGUAUGAGUGUGAUAACACGAACCCUAGGUCACAACCACAUGGAGAUCUACUCCAAGGGGGCACCGGAGAAGAUUGCUUCACUCUGUAACCCUGACACUGUGCCGGAGAACUUCCAGCCUGUCCUCCACACCUACACUGUGCAGGGACUUCGGGUCAUCGCCCUGGCAUACCGACCUCUCGAGGCCAAAGUCAACUGGCACCAGGUCCAGCGUAUCUCACGAGACAAGGUGGAGUGUAACCUGACAUUCCUGGGGCUGCUGGUGAUGCAGAACCAGCUGAAGCCAGAGACCACCCCGGUCAUCAGGACUCUCCUGGAGGCCAAGCUCAGGACAGUCAUGGUCACAGGUGAUAUGAUCCAAACUGCAGUGAGUGUGUCCAGGAAUUGUGGGAUGGUUCAUCCACGUGAUAAGGUUGUGAUUGUAAACGCCCAUCCCCCCGACAAGCAGCAGACAGCUCGGAUUGAGUGGGAAUAUGCUGAGCUUCCCACAGACAUAGAUAUUGUAUCAGAGCAGGAUACAGACAUCGACUCUGAUGCCGGACAAGACUCGAGAGCAGCACUGCUCCCACCAGAGUCAGUCGUGGUUAAUGCUUCCUCUCCGCUUCUCUCACCUGGCAGUGAGUCAAGAAUGACAGCAGUCAAGUUUGACUGUGUUGACAAUGAGAGUGAAACUGAGGCUGUAGCCAUGCUCCCGAUGCGGUUGAACUUAUUUAGACGUGAUCGCGAUGGCGGAGCAUGUUGGAGAAAGGGUUACAGGACAGUGAAUGUGUCUGAUGAGGGGCCACGUCAUCACCUUGCUAUCAAUGGGAAAUCCUUCGCGGUCAUCACGGCUCAUUUCCCAGAGAUGCUCGAGAAGAUUUGUACCAAAGGCACAGUGUUUGCUCGAAUGUUGCCAGAACAGAAGUGUCAGCUGAUUCAGAACCUGCAGAAACUGGACUACAUUGUCGGCAUGUGUGGAGAUGGUGCAAACGAUUGUGAAGCUCUGAAGGCUGCCCAUGCAGGCAUCUCCCUGUCAGAAGCAGAGGCAUCCGUAGCAGCACCCUUCACAUCCCGCAUCUCCAACAUCGAGUGUGUCGUCACUGCCAUGAGGGAGGGUCGAGCUGCCCUGGUCACCUCCUUCGGCUGCUUCAAGUACAUGGCUCUGUACAGCUUCAUACAGUUCGUGUCUGUCCUCAUCCUCUACACGUUUGGUGCCAACCUGUCUGACUUCGAGUUCCUGUACAUCGACCUGGUCAUAACAACCACCAUUGCUGUCUUGAUGGGGUACACCGGCCCCUACCACAAGCUGGUCAGGAAGAAGCCGCCUGGGAGUCUGGUCAAGGUGUCCAACCUGCUGUCCAUCAUCAUGCAAGUGUUGCUAGUCGGAGGCAUGCAAGUUUCAGCAUACUUUUAUCUCCGAUCUCAGUCUUGGUAUGAAGAACCCCCUCCCAGCAAGGAUCUGGAGAAUGUGCACUCCUGGGAGUCUACUGUGAUAUUCCUGGUGUCGUCGUACAUGUACAUAUCAGUUGCGUUCUGCUUCUCGAAGGGACCACCGUUCAGAAAGCCUAUCUACACUAACUAUCCGUUCCUGAUUUCUAUGAUGUUUUUGUUUGGGUUCUCCACGUUUCUGCUGUUGCUGCCACUCCCUGAAAUAGAACACUUUCUGGAGAUGAAGGAACUCCACGAGAAAUCAAUUACAUUCCGUCUGUACCUGUUUGGUUUCGCUGUAGCGUUUGCUAUCAUGUCAAGCUUCAUGGAGUAUAUGAUAGUGGAUAGCAGCAUGUUGAAACCAUGCUACAAGGCCAUAAAAAAAAGAGGUCCACAGAACAGGUAUAAAGUUGUCGAGAAUGAAAUCAAGAACUCGGAUUGGCCACCUGUGGGUCAGGUGACUUUCCCCACAACCAAUGCAAUCCAUGUCAGCGACAUCCAUGUUGAGAUGAAUUCUCAAAGUGCAAUACACUAACUCUCUCUGGCUGGAAACUUAACUUCAAACAAUAUGUUUUUUUAUGAAAGUUUACUGAAAUGUGAGAUUAUGAAAAUAUUUUGUAACAACACAAGGCAGUGUCAUGACAAAAUGUUUAAACAUGUAUGAUGUAUCUGUGACGCAGAAAACAGAUUGUUUUCGUAUUGAUUAUUUUUCAGAAUUGGUUACCAUGGAUACACAUGGAAAUCAUAGUAUUAUUUUGACAGAUGUACAGAUAUUUUCAUAUCAACCACAGUGAUACAUUUUAUGUUUUGUUUUCACAUGAUCCCGUUGAGGAUGGUUUACCCGAAUGGUGAACGAUCUCUUUUGAUUAUGUCUUUGUAUGCUUGGAUUAUUUGAGGUGAUGAGCUUAUGCAACAUGUCUGGGAACAUGCAUUAUUCGCCAUAUGUUUCUUCACCAACGACCAGCAAUAAACAUACUUUCAUUCAUUUUUUAGUCAGGCAAAACAUUUCAAUUUCGUGAAGAAAACAAAUCUGUCUAAAUUCUUCAUAAUUUUUACUUACAUAAUGGUGGAUGAUCUCAAAUUUUGAUGUUAUUGUAGGCUUUGAUUAUUUGAGGUAGUGAACUAAUACAAUAUAUUGGGUAACAUAUGAUGCACCACAAAACAUUAUCAGAUGGUCGUACUGAGCUGGAUGCUUAUUCUCUAACUCACGGGGCAGUUGGUUAGCCCAGUGGUUAAAACGUUCGCUCGUCAUGCCGAAGACCCAGGUUCGAUUCCUGACAUGGGUACAAUGUGUGAAGCCCAUUUCUAGUGUCCCUCACCGUGAUAUUGCUGGAAUAUUGCUAAAAGCGGUGUAAAACCAUACUCACUCACUCUAACUCACUGCUGUGAUGAGAGACCAUCGGGGAACCUACCUACAAGCUACAAGCAAUUGCCAGAGAUAAUUCUAGGGUGGGGCCUUGUGCUUUUAGCCUCUAAAUUUUUAAAAAGGCCCACACUUUCAAAUAAAAUGGGGCAUUUUAGCAUUGUGCUGUAUUGGCAAGUGUGGGUGUACCUCUGGAAUAUUUGAAAAUUUCAGAUUAAGGGCCCAUGUUAGAAAAUUACUAGAGUGAACCCUGAAUUACUGAUUAUUGUUCCCAAAUGAAAGAAUAUUGUAGUCCCCAUGCCUUUGGCAAUAAGGGAUAGAUCUUUUAAUGUAGGGGG